GAGGAAAACCACAGCAUCCACUUAGUGAAUAUUUUUACAUAUUGCCAAAUGAAUGGGCAAAUAAAAGUAAUAAAAAAUGUAUUUGCCGGGCCUGUAUGGAAGCAGUUGGAAAGGAUGUUGCUUUGAAUGAUGAAAGCAUGAAACUCACCAAUACCCGACGUUACUGUGCUAAUCAUAUAAGAGAAUAUUCUUUUUUUGCGGCAAAAUAUUUACCAGAACAAAUAGAGGCUAUUCUUACCUUAGCAGUACUACCAAAAAAACAUGCAAAUUCACCUGCUAAUUCGUCUUCAACAUCAACUUCUAUUCCUAAAAAAAAACAAACCAAGGUAUUACAAUAUAUUGGACGUCCACUUAACGCUUCAGAGAUCCCUAAAUUUGAGCAUCUUUUACUUCGUGCUACUGUUUCAGCUGGCUUGGCAUUUCAGUGGAUUGAAAAUCCUGAAGUUAAAGCAUUAUUUCAGUUUAUUAGUCCACUUUUAAAAUUGCCUGAUAGAAAAUCUCUAAGCAAUCGUAUUUUAACAAGUGCGGUGAAUGAACUACAAGAAUUAAUUAUGGAACUUGCCAGUAAAGACAAAAUUGGAGUCACAAUCACUUUUGAUGGUUGGUGUAAUAUAGUAAAACAAGAAAUAAUGGGAAUAGUAUUCAUUACAUCUUCAGAGGAAGUUUUAAUUUGGAGAGCUGAUGAUAUAAGUAGGGAAAGACAACGGCAAGAAGAAGUAAUUUCUAGGAUUCGUGCUCUUUUUGCAGAAGCUGAGGAAUUAAAUAUAAAAGCGAACUGUCUUGUAACUGAUUCCGCUG